AUGCUGUGCAUUCUUUCCUCCGUGCUGCUGGUCAGCGUCUUCCUCAAACCGGCCCUUGCUACCUAUCAAUUGGUGCAUGACUACUCAGGUGAUGCUUUCUGGACUGGCUUUGACUUCUUCACCGACCAUGAUCCGACAGACGGGCUUGUUCAAUUUCAGUCAAUGGAAGUAGCAAAUGCAACAGGUCUGGCAGGUUUCAUAGAGACUGGAACCCCAUCAAAGGCAGUGUUCAUGGGGGUCGACACGGCACAGGUUGCGCCCCAGGGUCGAGCCAGCGUUCGGGUAUCAUCGAAUGAGACCUUCCAACACGCGCUGGUUAUUGCCGACAUCUCACACAUGCCAGGGGGUAUCUGCGGAGUAUGGCCUGCGUUCUGGAUGCUUGGAUCAGACUGGCCCAACAAUGGCGAGAUUGAUAUCGUCGAAGGAGUCAACGACCAGACUGCCAACAGCAUGACAUUGCACACAAAUUCAGGCCCUAUCAUCACGGAUGGGGCACAUUUCUCAGGAGAACUGGUCACGGCUGACUGCGACGUCAACGCACCCGAUCAGCCAAAGAAUGCCGGUUGCUCCAUCGGUGACAGUUCCAACCUGACAUUUGGAUCCGACUUCAAUUCGGCAGGAGGUGGCGUCUUCGCAACGGAGUGGACAUCACAAUUCAUCAAGAUCUGGUUCUUCCCUCGCGGCAGCUUCCCUGACGACAUCGUCAGCAGUAACCCGAACCCCGGGGAGAACUGGGGUACCCCGAACUCUGUGUUCCAAGGAUCGUUCAACAUCGACGAUCAUUUCAAGAAUUUGCAGAUCGUCUUCGAUACCACAUUCUGUGGACAGUGGGCAGGCCAAGUGUGGAAUACGACUUCUUGUGCGUCGCUAGCACCAACGUGUGAGGACUACGUAUCCAAUAACCCGAAGCAUUUUAUCGAUGCCUACUGGGCAAUCAACACACUGCAGGUGUUCCAGGACGACAGUGAACCAGCAGCAAAUUCCGGUCCCGGUAGGGGAACAUUCAACCCUCCAUUCAACCCCAGCAGCACGCGCAACAAGUCCAAGCGGUCUCCCGUGGCUCCCUCGACAGCGAAUUCAGGUCGUCGGGUGUUACCGAUAUAUCUGUGA